UUAAGUAUCCCUCCCUCCAAUCCUAUUGAAAAGGCUCCGAGGAAGAGAGAGAAAAAACACAGAGAUGUGAGCAGCAAAUCCCUUUUUUAUUCCUCCUCGUAGCACUCAAUAAGAGAAGAAUGCGUUGCCUAUCUGCUGUCACCGCCGAGGGGAUCAAGUCGGCGGGACUGUCCCACGCGCUCCAUGCACCGCGCAGAGCAUCAUUCGGAGGGACACAGUGAGGAGCAGUGCAGCAUCCUCGCAUGCGUGGACUCGUCGACAUCACCCUGCAACCUGUCUCACCUCAACAGCUCACAUUCGGCUCAAUUAACUUAUCGUCGGACUGUGGGUGACAGUACGAUGAGGAACUUGGCGCUUCUGCUCGGAGUAAAAGCCGCCUGCAUCCUGCUGGUGUCGUCGCUCUCCGGCACCGGGGCAGUCAACAACAGUGGCCGCUGGUGGGGCAUUGUCAACGUGGCCUCCUCGUCCAACCUUCUCACCAACUCCAAGAAUGUGCAGUUGGUCCUGGACCCGAGCCUGGCCCUACUGAGUCGCCGGCAGCGUCGACUGAUUCGGCAGAAUCCUGGCAUCUUGCACGCCAUCACGGCUGGACUGCAGACAGCCAUAAAAGAAUGCAAGUGGCAGUUCCGUAACCGCCGCUGGAACUGCCCGACCACCCACAGCCCAGAGAUAUUUGGCAAAAUUGUCAACCGUGGUUGCAGAGAGACAGCCUUUGUGUUUGCUAUCACCAGCGCGGGGGUGACCCAUGCGGUGGCUCGAUCAUGUUCAGAAGGGGCUAUUGAAUCGUGUACGUGCGAUUACCGGCGCAGGGGUCCCGGGGGGCCAGACUGGCACUGGGGGGGCUGCAGUGACAACGUUGACUUCGGCAGGAUGUUCAGUCGGGAAUUUGUGGACUCCAGUGAGAGAGGGCGAGAUCUGCGCUACCUCACCAACCUGCACAAUAACGAGGCCGGAAGAAUGACAGUGUCCUCAGAGAUGCGCCAGGAGUGCAAGUGUCACGGUAUGUCAGGCUCUUGCACCGUGCGGACCUGUUGGAUGCGCCUCCCAAGCUUCCGGGCUGUGGGAGAUUUCCUGAAGGACCGUUUUGAUGGGGCCUCCCGAGUUGUUUACGCCAACAAGGGCAGCAAUCGCGCGUCCCACAGGGCAGACCCUCGCCACCUGGAACCAGAAAACCCGGCUCACAAACCCCCUUCCGCGAUGGACCUGGUCUAUUUUGAGAAAUCACCAAACUUCUGCUCCUACAAUGGCAAGAGUGGCACUUUGGGAACUUCGGGUAGAACUUGCAACAGCACUUCUCCAGGUCUGGAUGGAUGUGAGCUGCUGUGCUGUGGGCGUGGGUUUAAGACCCGGGCCGAGAGUGUUACGGAGCGGUGUAACUGCACAUUCCACUGGUGCUGUCACGUCAGCUGCCUGAACUGCACCAGUACUCGAACAUUACACCAGUGUCUAUGAUAAUGGAGGCGGCGGAGGUGUUUAGUUAGAAGCAGAACUUGUUAGAAAUGAAGUAGCUGGCAGAGAAAGUCACAAAUACUGUAAACAGAUGGUUGCUUGGGGUAAACUGACAGGGAAUCUUAUCAACCCAAAAAGUCCAUCAGUGGACAAAAGCACAAACGUAUCAACAGGGUAUAGAAGACUAGAAAUGCUUAUUUCUUACACUUAAUGUUGAAAAGUAUUCUGAAAAGAGAAUGGGAGUGGAGGGUGAAUAUCGUGAGUCAGGCAAAAACUUGACAGUCGUAUUUGUUUCUAUGUACUUGGAAAGGGUUGUUCCUUCUUUUCCAAAUGUUUCAUUUCUUUGACUGAAAUCACUUGGUCGCAGCCCACUUGAACAAAUUCAUAUGGAGUAGCACCUCCAGUUUAGUCCGGAUCUGAUCGCUGCAACACGGACCAAAUGUUAAAUGACUGGGACAGGUGAGCACCAAGGAAAACAGGAACUAAGUAAAUGGGAACAAACUGAAGCGUUGUGUGAAAAUGUGACCCCCGCACAAUCACAAUGUGUUUAAAAUGAGCCCCGAAUCGACACUCUAGCGAACCAGACCAGUUCCAAAUGGGCAAAAACGGAGAAUACUGGGUGCUUUCUUUAUUUUAAAGAAUUAAUCCGACAUCAUAUAUUGUGCAUCAGCUAAGAGAACCAAAAUGUUGUAAAUAUCGAAAUAGAGGAAUAUAUUUAUAAUGAAGUCAUUGCUGAAUGAUGUCUGCACCUGUCAAUGCUGGAGAAAAUGUCCCUACCUUCACUGUCACUGUUUUGUAUUCUGAUCAUUUCCGGAGUGACGUAGCUGUCACAGAAAUUUUACAAAGAAGAUUCAGUCACAUUGCCGCUUAUUGUGUUUUGCCAUGCACUGAAUACACGCCUGUUUUUAUCAGUGUAAAUAUACAAAUAUUUAUUUCUAAUGGGUUUAUACUGCGAUAGUAAGAUGCGAAUAGGGAAUACAAGUGAUGUAGCUGGCAGUUGUUUUUUGCAUUGUAUGAUAGAACAAUAAAGUCUAUAUUUUUCAAUUA